AUGACAUCCUUGGCUGCAGCGCCAAGUGCGAAUGGCAACAUCACGCUAUACACGCAAGCUUUGUCGACCAAGCGCCCGACUGCUGUCGUGCCUAGCUUGUCCAGCCGGCUGAAGCGGUCUCAGCUCAUCGGACAGUCGCUUGCAGACUUCUUCGAGGAGAGGGCACAGAUAGAACAAGCCUAUGCCAAAGGACUCACCAAGCUCGCCCGCAAGUCCAUCGUUCCGGAUUCCUAUGAGCUCGACCUCGGAGGAGGGCUGGACAAGAUCAAGGCGAGACUGGAGAAAGAGUUGGAUGAACUUAUUGCCAAGCAUGAGCUCUUGGCAGACCGGAUGGGGAGCGAGAUCGUUGCGCCUCUGCGGGAACGGUCGAGAUACGGUGACCAGGACCUCAAAGGACUAGAGAUAGACUAUACCUCCCUUGCGAAAGACCUGGAGAGCUGCGAGGGUGCAGUCAGCAAGGCGACAGGACGAGCUAGCACUGCGACUGCCAAGAAUAGGCAGGAGAGAGAGGCAAAGAUCCUCCAUACGCGCAGCGAUCUCAAAAGAGCCCAGGCCCAGUGGCUCAAUCAGUCGCCGAGGCUCUUCAAGACGUUCGAGAAGUAUGAUCAAGCUCGUCUCGAAUCGAUCAAGGAAUCCUUGGCAAAAUAUGAAACCAUGCAGAAUGAUUACGGCCGCGACCGAAUGGAGACUGCAGAACGAGGUCUCGUUCAGGUACUUGCCUAUGAGGUCGAGAUCGAUAUGGCCCGUUACGCUCGCGUAGAGUCAAAGCAUCUGCAGACUGUGCCCGACCUCGUCGAGACGCCUUCUGUCAAUGUCGCAGAAGCGCCGUCACAGAUCGCAGAGCCAAACGAUACACCAAGCGCGUCAAACGUCGCCUCCAGUCUUCGCGCAGACUCUGCAUCCAAUGCUGACACGCAAUCACUGAGGUCGAAUCGCGGCGCAAGCGGCUUGCUUGGCUCUCUCACGUCGAGACUCAAGCCAGGGCUCACGCGCAAUCGAUCCCUGUCUCAUGGUAGUCAAUAUGACAACAUGCAGCGAGGAUCGAGCGCCGGUCCAGACACAAUCACGCCACAGCGGGCGCAAGCAGCUUCUCCUGGUCUAGCACCGCCAACAGACUCCACACCCGGCGCGUCGAGCGAGACCAAGCGCGCAAACCGCGCUAGCUUUAUACCGAGCUUCGGCAAGCGCAAGUCAUCCGCUUUCGCGCUCGGCUCCAGUCAGUCGUCUCGGGCAGACACUGAUUAUACACCUCACUCGCCUAUCAGCGAAGAUAUAUCCGCGCCUGCCUCCGCUCGCUCGCCCACAUCGGCCCAGGUCGAUAGAGACGGCUUCAGCGUGCCCCCCUCUGGCUUCGAUCGUGCACCAUGGCAAGAAGAGCCCAUCGGCGCUAGUCUCAUGGACGACGACGAUGAGCCAGCUGCCAGCCGUUCAGUAGAGCCUGCGAAGCCCAACUUCAGCAUAGCGCCGACGCCUGCACCUGCACAAGAAGCAGAGACCGAGCGCCUGGCCGCUCUAGAGCGGAUGAAAUCGACUUUGGCCGGCGGUGCCGUCGGGCCUCCUCCUGCGAAUCUCAAUCGACGUACUACCCGACGAAGGGAUCCACGUACAUCUAGUCAAACAAGGGCCACCGAUGAUUUGAGUGGUCGAGCUAGCCCCGGUAUUGCAGAAGAACCCGCAUCACCAUCACGCUUGCCGUCCAUACCCGGUCCAGAACCAACCUUUGGUCUUCCUGCAUCUACCACUAUGGGCUUGGGCGGAGGCGCAGUAGCAGCUACAGGUGCGGUUGCAGCGACGUCUUUAAUUUCGCCAAGCAGCAAUGGCAUGACUGCCCGACCCCUCAGCCCAGGCAAUAACGGUCGAGCCAUGUCCAUGCUCUCGACAACGUCCUCUGUACAAAGCGCCAGCGUCGCUGCGCCUGUUUUACACAAAUUUGGCGAUGGUGACGAGCCAGGCUUACGCGCGUCGAUCAUCGAGACUGUCAAUGUCUUACUCAAGGGUGGUCAGAUACAGCGUGUUAUGGUGACAGGCGAGGUCGCCCUAGCAGAUGAUGCCUCGCAAUCGAUCACGCCUGUCGAGCUGCGCAUCGAUACGGCGCAUGCGUUCGACCAGCUCGUUCCUCACUCGAGCUAUCUAAAUCCAGUUGCGCCCAGCGCAUAUGUACUCGACACAGAUACUCUACGCAGUGCCAGUAGUUCACGCUUGCCUGUCGUCGUGCUCAAGUAUCAGCUCAAAGUGAACCAAAGCGAGUGGAACGACUAUGUUCCGCUCGAUGUCACGCCGCUCUGGAAGCUCGAGCCGCUCCAGACUUCUCUGAUUCUCAGCUACAAGCCCAAUGCAGACUGCAGACUCAUCAGCUCGCCCUUUGAAGAUACGGCCGACAAGCUCGAAGACGUCUCACUCAUUGUGACCAUUUCCUCGACAGCUGUAUCGAGCGCGCAGUCAAAGCCUUCGGGCGUAUGGGCAGCAGACAAGAAGAGGAUGAAGUGGGAUCUUGAGCAGCUUGAUCUAUCUAGCAACGCAAAGACUCAAAAGAUCCUUGCGCGAUUCAUCGUCGACAGUCAGAGCACGCCAACUCCUGUCGCUGUCCGGUGGCGCAUGAGCAAUCGACUCAUCAGCGGUCUUACACUCAAUGCCUCUUCAGACGGUCAACACAUCCCAUUUGUCGAAUUACAGACUGCUACCCAGAGCGGGCGAUAUAUUGCUAAUUGA